GUCUGGCAAUGUAUGCUAUUGAAGUCGGAUUUGUAUAUAAGUUUUUGAAGAAUGACAAGACUAGAGUAACGGCGGAAUGUUCAAAAAAACAUACAGAAUCUGGUUGUCAAUGGUUUAUUCAUGCAACCAUUGAGAGAUCUAACAGUUUCUUUUGUAUUAGGGAGUUUGAGAAGAAUCACAGUUGUGUUGGUGUUUUUGCUAGUUCGAAGAAUCCUCGGAUGAGUUCAAAGUUGGUUGCUAAACAGAUUAGGGAGGAAGUUCGAACUAAGACAAACUAUGCACCAAUAGAAGCAGUGAAAUUUUUUGAGAAGUAUUAUGGGAGUAAAAUCAGUUAUCACCAUGCUUGGUUUGGGGUUGAGAAGGCAGGUGAUGAGCUGUAUGGAGAUUAUGCAUUGUCUUUUGACCUACUAAGGUGGUAUGCUAAGGUAGCGAAGGAGAAAAACUCAGGAAGUGUUAUUGAUGUUGAGUAUUGUGACAAAACUAAUUGUUUGAGAAGGAUUUUUGUAGCAUUUGAUGCGUGUAUCAAAGGCUUCAAUUACUGCCGUCCUUUGUUGGCCCUUGAUGGGACUUUUUUGAAGGGGAGGUACAUUGGAACCCUUUUCGGAGCUAUAGGAAAAGAUGGCGAUCAAGGACUGUUUCCAGUGGCUUUUGGCAUUGCUGAUUCUGAAACUGACGAGAAUUGGCUUUGGUUUUUGAGAAAGUUGUCAACAAUUCUGUCAUCUCGUCCAAUAACAUUCAUAACAGAUCGUCAUUCUGGGCUUUUGAAAGGUAUUCCAGAGGUUUUUCCCAAUGGAUAUCAUGCGUAUUGUUUGCAGCAUCUGAAGUGUAAUUUAAGGGACAAGUUUAAGGGCAGAUUGUCUAAUGGUUUUAGGGACAGAGUAGUCGAGUUGUUUUCUUAUUGUGCAUAUGCACCAUCGAUUUUCUGAUUAUGAGGAAGCUUUUAAAGAACUGUGCAAUGUUGGUGGUCCAAAAGCUAAGGAUUUUGUUGAAUCGUUGCCACUUGACAAGUGGGCAAAUGCAUAUUUUGAAGGUAGAAGAUAU